UCUAGUUCUAUAAAACUAUAUAACGUUUGAUGGUGCAAUUAUGUUAUGCCAAUAUUAUGGUGGAUAGAUAUAAAUAUCUAAUUAUAUAAUGUGCGUGUUUAUUCAGUAAACUGUCCUUGAAUACCCUUAAAUAACCACAUGGGACGUACAUAAAUCGCUAGAUCGAACUUCCGGACGCAAUUGGAAGGUUAACUUAGCUGUAUCGUAUGAUAGUCAAAAUAAAUAGUAGAUAUGAACAGAUUCGGGUGUGCUAGGUUCUAUUCCAACGUAAGCUACUUCCACCAUAUAGGAAAGACGCCAUUGGAAUACAUUUCCUUUGGAAAGCUACUGGAACGCACAGCAUUGCAGUAUCCUGAACGAGACGCCGUGAUAUCGGUGCAAGAAAACAGAAGAAUUACCUAUCAGGAUCUACUAUCACAAGCCGAUCGAUUUGCAGCAGGCCUACAACAAAUUGGCAUAAACUAUGGUGACCGUGUCGGACUUUGGGCACCCAACAUCUUAGAAUGGAGUAUAAUUUGCUUCGCUUGCGCACGGGCAGGAUUCGUAGUGGUGCCCAUUAAUACUGGAUACGUAAAACAGGAAGUAGAGUAUUGCAUUAACAAAGUGGGUUUAAAAACCAUUAUAUGCCCAGAAAGAUACAACAAACAACACUUCUACGCAACGCUGUGCUCCAUUAUAAACAACUUAGACAAUCAAAAACCUGGAAAUUUAAACAAUACCAACACCCCGUCCCUUAAAAGCAUCAUAACUAUAUCCGAAAACAAUCUUGGUGGCUCGUUUAAUUAUAACGACAUCAUGGAUUUUGCAAAUGAAACCUCCAUAAGAGAAAUUAGAGCGAACCAACAGCAUGUUACCCCCGAAAGCCUGGCAAAUAUUCAGUUCACAUCCGGCACCACAGGACAACCGAAAGCAGCAACUGUAACCCACCACAACGUUGUCAAUAAUUCACUUUCCGUCGGCAAGCGAAAUGAACUUGAUACGAAACAUCACAAAAUCUGUGUCCAGGUGCCAUUCUUCCACACGUAUGGUUACACAAUUACAAUUGGAGCUGCCGUGAGUUAUGGGGCUACAAUGGUUGUACCCUCCUCCACAUACAAUUCGCUACAAAACUUGAGAGCGAUCAAACAGGAAAAUUGCACUGUCAUUCAUGGUACGCCAACAAUGUACGUAGAUUUAGUGAACGUCCAGCUGCAACACAAUGAAAAAAUCUUUCCCGAAAUAGCGGUUUCGGGGGGAGCACCAUGUUCGCCGGAACUGUUUAAGAAAAUGAAACGACACCUAAACGUGAAAAAGAUGAAGUCAGUAUACGGCUUAACUGAGGUAACAGCGGUCGCCUUUCAAUCUACUCCGUUAGAUGAUGAGGACAAAGUGCUCAACACUGUCGGGCACGUAGGCGACAAUUUAGAAGUAAAAGUUGUGGAUGAAGAAAAUAACGUAGUGCCUUCAGGAACACCCGGCGAGCUAUGCGUUCGGGGAUACAGUGCCAUGGUGGGUUACUGGGAAGACAAGGAGAAAACUGCUGAAAUGAUCGACGAUCGCCGCUGGUUAAAAACGGGAGACCAAUUCAUUCUCGACAAAGACGGCUAUGGAAGAAUUGUCGGAAGGAUAAAGGAUAUGAUAAACCGAGCGGGAGAGAACAUAUUCCCAAAAGAAAUUGAGGAUUUACUCUACACGCAUCCUGACAUAUUAGAAGCGCACGUGAUUGGUUUGGCACAUGAAAGAUUAGGCGAAGAGGUUUGCGCUUGUGUUAAAGUGCAAGAUGGCGCCGAAUUGACACUUGAAGCAAUUACAGAGUUUUGUAGAGGGAAAUUAGCUAAAUUCAAAAUUCCCAGUCAACUAAGGAUUGUCGAUGAAUUCCCUAAGACACAAUCGGGAAAAAUCCAAAAAUUCUUGUUAAAGAAACGGUACGAGUCGGUUACAUAAACGUACUAUCAAUUUUUAUGAACGUGCAUAAUUAAUUAUGCAACGUGGUUUCUUCGGCCACAGGAAUUAUCACAAAUUUUUAUUGGUCUUUAUAAUCCUUUUACUAUUGCAAUUAUAUGAACAAGCCUUUUGUAUUUAUUACUUUCACUUAACGAGUUCCUAAAGCGGGCUCAUGACUUUCUGCCCGUCCGUCCGUCCGUCUGUAUACAUGAUAACGCGAACGCUUUCGAAUUUUGCAAUUCUGUUUUCAGUAGGUAUUAUGCUUAUCAUCACCCAAGGAAGAACUGAUUAAAUUUU